GUUGACGAACUCACCCAACGUUGAUUGAAGGAGCUGCUUCUCUUCUCCAAUCUGCCAUUCCCAAGUCUACCAUUCCAAGUCUUCGGUUGUUUUGGACCGCCGCGAGCUCCGAUCUUUUCCUCUCUUCCUGUACUCUCCAUUGCCUAAAAGAGGGGAUUUUUGGGUUUGGAUUUGGGGGUUUGGGAGAAGCAAGGAGAGAGGAGGAUGAAGUCGCCGCUGAGAAUGUUUCGAGGCCUGAAGCAUCAGGGCCACGAGGCCAAGGAGGGGAAGAAGCAGCAUCGCGCCCGGACGAAUCAGGACGAACUUGUCCAGAACACCCGGGAUUUGCAGGAUUUGAAGAGCUGCUAUGAUAGCAUACUGUCUGCAGCAGCUACAACUGCAAAUAAUGCACAUGAGUUCUCAGAAGCACUGGAGGAACUGGGCACCUGUUUUCUUGAGAAAACUGCAUUGAAUGAUGAUGAAGAUAGUGUCAUUCAUGCAGGUCGGGCUUUAAUGAUGAUGGGAAAAGCACAAUUUAAGUUGCAAAAACUUUUUGAUGUAUAUCGGGUCCAUAUCUUACAGACAAUGGAUAAGCCAUCAAGAUCCCUUCUCAGAGAGCUUCAAGUUGUAGAGGAAAUGAAACGCCUUUGUGAUGCUAAAAGAGAGAUAUAUAGGAACUCGUUAGAGGCACAUAGAGGAAAAUGGAUGUUGAGAUAUUCCAAAUCUGGAACUUUCUCAUCAAAGGAGUUGCAAGAAGCUCAAGCCAAUUAUGAAGAGGAGGAAAACAUGUUUAUGUUUCGAUUGAAAUCAUUAAAGAAAGGUCAAUUUCAAAGUCUUCUGACACAAGCCACUCGCCACCAUGCUGCACAGCUAACAUUCUUCAAGAAAGGACUUAAGAUGCUUGAGAUGGUUGAAUCACAUGUUAAAGCCAUUGCUGAACAACACCAUAUUGCUUACCAGUUCAGUGAUCUUGAAGAUGAUGUAUCAGACUAUGAUGAUGAUGAUGAUGAUUAUGAUUAUGGUGGCAGUGAUGUUGGGGAGCUAAGUUUUUAUUAUAAAAAAAAUUUCCAAGGAAAAAAUGUUAUUUAUACAUCUCAAAACUCAAUAGAGGAGAGCAUCGACAGAAGCCAAUUAGACAUGCUCAGUUUCAGGCCUGGAUACAGCAGCCAAUCAGCACCAAUUUUUGCUGAUAAGAAGCUUGAUUUAACUGAGAAGACAGAAACACCACCCUUAUCAACCAGAAAAUUUCACUCAUAUGUGCUACCUACACCAGUUGGUGAUAGAAAUCCAGAAUCAAAUCCUGGUACUGCUCCUUGUGUGGAGAAAAAUGAUAGUUCCCCACCACUGUGGAAUUCAUCUCCAUUAGAGGCAAAAAGACCUGUAAAAGAUUUCAGGGAGAGAGAAUUAUCAAGUUCAACCACCUUCAAGAAUUCAGUACUUAGAGGGAGCAAUAUUAACAGUGGGCCCAUCAGUAUGCCAUCAUAUUUCUCAGAGAAGCUGUCAAUGCCGCAAAUUAAUCAAAAAACAGCUUAUGAUACUAAUAAUUUCAGACGACAAGCCUUCUCUGGCCCAUUGACAAGCAAACGUUUUUCAAGCAAACCCAUAGUUUCUACUCCUGAUUAUAGAUCUUCAGUGGAAUUUCCCCCUGUAGGCUCUUCCGCAUCACAACACGUGUUUAAACCUCAAUCAUCUCCACCUCAUAAGGAGACUCAUAGAACUUCACCUCCUCCUGUAUCAUAUCCAAAAAUCAGCGAGCUUCAUGAGCUUCCUAGGCCCCCAGUUGGUUCAGAGAAGUCAACAGGAGCAUCCACUUUGAUUGGUUAUUCUGGUCCCUUGGUCUCUAGAAGCAAAGUGCUUAAUGCAAGAAAUAAUAUGCCAUCAGAUGUCUCAUAUAAGACAUCACUACCAGCACCUUUUGUACAUAUCAGCCGCAGUUUCUCAAUACCAUCUAACAGUCAAAGAAUAUCAAUGCUUACAGCUGCUAGGUUGUUGAAGUCUCCUCACAAUCUAGUCACAGUAGAAGAGAUCACUUCAUCACCUCUCGCAAUCUAAUGACCAUACUUCCAGUAUCUACAACUUCAUAACUGAUUGCUGCAGUUACAGAAAAAAGUGGGAGUUGCUAAAACCACAUUUAUGUGUUCCAUUUUCUAAAGAAAUGCGGACAGGGGCUUUAACUUGUUGAAAAUGUUGGAUAUGGGUAGUAGUUAAAAUUACAUUGCAAGUCAAAGAGCUCUUAAAAAGGCAGAUUUUUGGUUGAAAAGGAUUUUAUUUACAAGGUGGAAAGGAAUUAAAACAUCUCCAAUAGAAAUGCUGCACUUCUUGAAGCCAGAUGCUGCUUUUUUGUUAUCUUGUGUUCUAACAAAGACGAUCAAGGAUGAUUUCCUUUGUGGCUGAGGUAUCUGAGGUGGGUGUGUUAACUAGGAGGAGUAAAUUAGGCUGGUUGCAGUGUGCUAGUAUGAAGAUUACCUAUUCAGAGCAGUAAAAAAAGCAUCUUAGUUUGCUGUUUUUGUAAAACAUAAGCAAGAUGUCAUCAAGCCACAUAGAUCCAUAAUGCGACUUGGGGUUGAAGGAAAAUUCAAUUGGUUCAUUGAAUCGGUAAGAAGCCAAGAACCUCAUCAAGGGGAUUUGUCUUUAGAUCAGAUCCUUUUAUUUUCCACAAAUUAAAUUUAUUCUUUCCCCCUAUUACUCAUUAUUCUAGAUUUGAGUGCAUGUAUCCUCCAUUA